AAGACUGGGAGUCUCUCAGUGUGUGUGUGCUUGUGCGACAGGGCAAGUCAGAUGGCCUCCACACCCUGUUAGAGAUCCUUCUGUUGGGUCACAAUAAACUAGGAGAGAUCCUCAGUCCUGGACCCCUCAAGUCCUCUGAGUUCUCCUUCCUGUUGACCACAGUGGAUGGCAGCAGAGAGGAUGACAUCAGUGUUGACGGCUUCAAAAGAAACAGUGUUGAUGCUUUGAAGAGAGAACAUGGUUGUUUCAGAAGCCUGUUUGAAGCAGAGAGGUGUCCUGCACCGUUCAUGUAUGGUUCCCAGUUUUAUUGUUUUCAUUGCCCAGCCACAGAGCCAGUAGCUGGCAGCGUGCUGAAAUCCAGGCAGGAUAUUGAACUUGACAACAAGCUUUUGGAGUUGCCUCUGCUGCCAUCCACCUCUCUGUGUAGCCAUGCAGAGAGAGCAGAGGGGGACCGUUCUGAGAGACAUAGUGAGGAAGAGGAGAAACUGGCCAUGAUGUAUGAAAGACUGAGGAUAGAGCUUCCAAGUUUCUUUAUGAAGAACCAUGAUUACACGAUGUAUUCGAAAGAUAUGGAAUUCAUCAACGGGCUCAUCAAUACCAAGACCAGAGGCCGUAUGGUGUACCAGCUCACCCUCUCUCUGUGGCGCCUCCUGUGUCUAUGUUACUACGCCAAAGCUCGACUGGAGGUGCUGAAGCUCACUAAGCACAUGGAGGACGGGACCAUUAAGGCUCGCUGGAGGAUCAGGGGCCUUCCCUUAUCCUCUCUGCUUCUGCGCUUCUAUCGCAAAGACAAGUCUCACCUGUACAGGUCAUAUGAUGCAUUCUCUACUUUUUACAUUGGACAGGAUGGACUCAUUCACUGUCAUAAAGUUGAAAAGGUGAUGCCGGAUCAGCCCCCUGUCCUGCCCAGAGUUACCUCUCUCUUGGCUGGGGCUCUGGUGGCACUAGGGGUGCAGGAGCCCCGCCCGGCUCUCAACCUGCUGCCCCUCCUCCUGUCCUCUCUGAGGCAAAGCAGAAACUGACCCCGGGAUCACGAUUAGAGGAACAAUGCCAGUGUGUCCAAGGUCCAUGGGACUCUCAACAUAGGAACACAUUAAAAUGGAGGGUUAACUCUAUCCUAAAAUCUCAGUGUUGUCCCUGAUUUAAAUACAAAGUCAAGACUUAACACUGCUUUGCCUUUUUCUAAUUUGAACUAAAUAAAAGUGUAUAGAUAAAUGUCGUUGGAAGAUAGAACUGGGUUUUGGGACCCAUGAGUUACAUGGCUGUCAUCUUUGCCAGUCAGCCAGCUGUAAAAACACACACAAGUUAAAAAUAGACUAUAACAACCAGGACUUUUUUUAUACCUUUUUUAGAAAAUUUUCUUCAGAUGCAACAAUUUGACAUUUGAGGAUGUAAACCUAAGCUUUUUUCCAUAUUUAACCUGAAUACAACGCAGAUGUUCUUCCAACAUCAAAACAUCUUUCAUAGAGACAACCAAACAAUCUGAACCAUCGUAACCAAGGGCUAAAACGCUAAAGAAAUGCCGUUGGCAGCUAAAACCAUCCGUUUUCUGCACACCUAAGGAUUAUUGAAGCACCAUAUGUGUGGCAGUGCAGUUGAUCCUUUAAAUGAUAAUGGGACAAGCUGUUAGCAAGCUAAUGAAUCAGAAGUGUUUAUUGCCAGGUACGUUGAACUUACAAGGAAUUUUACUUGGUGGAAAGGUGCACAACAAUAAACAUAGACACAGAAUAAAACAAUGAAAAUAAUCAAAACAAUAAACAUGGUAAACAUGCCGAUAACAGUACUUUAGAACAAGUUUAUAUUAUGAAAUAAAAGUGGCAAGUGUAUUUUAAUAAGAAAAGAUGUGCAAGGCUGUUGAAAGAAAUAGUCCUGGUCUUUAUUGUCCUGGGGAUGUGAGAGUCAGUUAGUGGGGGUCCUGGUCUUUAUUGUCCUGUGGAUGUCAGAGUAUGUUAGUGGGGUUCAUGGUCUUUAUUGUCCUGGGGACUUAUUGGGGGUCCUUGUCUUUGUCCUGGGGAGGUGCGAGUCAGUUAGUGGCUGUCCUGGUCUUUAUCUUCCUGAGGAUGUGAGUCCGAGUCAGUAGGGGUCCUGGUCUUUAUUGUUCUGCGUUUAUGAAUGUCAGUCGGUGGGGGUGCUGGUCUUAUUGUCCUGGGGAUGUCAGAGUCUGUUAGUGGGGGUCCUGGUCUUUAUUGUCCUGGGGAUGUCAGUCAGUUAGCGGGGGUUCCUGGCUUUCAUUGUCCUGGGGAUGUCCGAGUCAGUUAUUGGGGGCCAUGGUCUUUAUUGUCCCGCGGAUAUGAAAGUCAGAGUCGGUGGGGGUCCUGAUUUUUAUUGUCCUGGAGAGGUGAGAGUCCGAGUCAGUGGGUAUCCUGGUCUUUAGUAUCCUGGGGAUGUGAGGGUUCGAGUCAGUGGGGGUCCUGGUUUUUAUUGUCCUUGGGAUGUAAGAGUCCCAGUCAGUAAGGGUCCUGGUCUUUAUUGCCUGGGGACCUGACAGUCCGUGUCAGUGGGGGUCCUGGUCUUUAUUGUCCUGAGGAUGUGAGGGUCCGAGUCAGUGGGUGUCCUGGUCUUCAUUGUCCUGGGGAUGUCAGUCAGUUAACGGAGGUCCUGGUUGCUAUUGUCCUGGGGAAGUCAUUCAGUUAGCGGGGGUCCUAGUCUUUAUUGUCUUGGGGAUGUCAGAGUCAGUGGGGGUCCUGGUCUUUAUUGUCCUGGGGAUGUCAGAGUCUGUUAGUUGGGGUCCUGGUUUUCAUUGUCCUGGGGAUGUCAGUCAGUUAGUGGAUGUUAGAGUCUGUUAGUGGGGGUCCUGGUCUUUAUUGUCCUGAGGAUGUGAGGGUCCGAGUCAGUGGGGGUCCUGGUCUUCAUUGUCUUGGGGAUGUCAGUCAGUUAAUGGAUGUUAGAGUCUGUUAGUGGGGGUCCUGGUCUUCAUUGUCCUGGGGAUGUCAGUCAGUUAGUGGAUGUUAGAGUCUGUUAGUGGGGGUCCUGGUCUUUAUUGUCCUGAGGAUGUGAGGGUCCGAGUCAGUGGGAAUCCUAGUCUUUAUUGUCCUGGGGAGGUAAAAGUCUGAGUCAGUGGGGUUCCUGGUCUUCAAUGUCCUGGGGAGGUGAGAGCCAAAGUCAGUGGGGUCCUGGUCUUUAUUGUCCUGGGGAUGUGAAAGUCAGUCAGUGGGGUCCUGGUCUUUAUUGUCCUGGGGAUGUGAAAGUCAGUCAGUGGGGGUCCUGGUCUUUAUUGUCCUGGGGAUGUGAGAGUCAGAGGGGGUUCUGGUCUUUAUUGCCCUCGGGAUGUGAGUCAGACAGUGGGGGUCCUGGUCUUUGUUGUCCUGGGGAUGUGAGGGUCCGAGUCAGUGGGAGUCCUGGUCUUUAUUGUCCUGGGGAUGUCAGAGUCUGUUAGUGGGGGUCCUGGUCUUUAUUGUUAUGGGGAUAUGAGAGUCAGUUAGUGGAUGUUAGAGUCUGUUAGUGGGGGUCCUGGUCUUUUUAGUCCUGGGGAUGUGAGACUCUGAGUCAUUGGGGGUCCUGGUCUUUAUUCUCCUGGGUACUUGAGUCCGAGUCAGUUGGUGGCUAUCCUGUUCUUCAAUGUCCUGGGGAGGUGAGAGCCAAAGUCAGUGGGGUCCUGGUCUUUAUUGUCCUGGGGACUUGAGAGUCAGUUAGUGGGGGUCCUGGUUUUUAUUGUCCAUGGGAUGUCAGUCAGUUAGUGAGGGUCCUGGUCUUGAUUGUCCUGGGUAUGUGAGACUCCUAGUCAUUGGGGGUCCUGGUCUUUAUUGUCCUGGGGAUGUGAAAGUCUGAGUCAGUGGGGAUGCUGGUCUUUAUUGUUCUGGGUAUGUGAGAGUUCGAAUCAGUGGGGUCCUGGUCUUUAUUGUACUGGGGACUUGAGAGUCCUAGUCAGUGGGGGUCGUGUUCGUUACUGUCCUGGGGAUGUGGGGGUCCUGGGGAUGUCAGUCAUUAAGUGGGGUUCUUGGUCUUUAUUGUCCUGGUGAGGUGAGAGUCCGAGUAACUGGGGGUCCUGGUCUUUAUUGUCCUGGGGAUGGGAGAGCCCUCUGUCUUAUUUGAUCUUGUCUUCAUAUUUUGCUGUCUUCAGGAAAUCACUUGGCAUCAGCAUAGAGCCUUUGUGUAAUCCCCGGCUAAAACCAGUGCACAUGACUUAAUCAAAACCUAGCAACCAGGUUCAUUCGGUGUGUUCAUUCUGUGUCUGGCGUAUGAUGAGCUGCAGGUUGGGUUACCUGAGAGCAGUGGUGAGCCACAAAUACACACGGGCAGAGGGCUGUGCUCAAACAAUCCGAAAAUAACGCUGUAUAUAUAAAUAAAUAUCUCCAUGUU